UUCCGUCAAGCCAGGCCAGUUUUAGGUGAGGCCGUUCCAAUGAGCCCACAGAGGAUAUCAACUGCGAUGUAAUGAUAAAAAAGUUGCACAGUAUACGCACGCACUCACGCACACAACACACACACACACACACACCGUUUCGAUAUGGGGAUAGUUUAGUGUUAGCACACGGUUAGGCAACACACUACCAGGAUACACUUCUACACUCCGUCCCCAGGUGGCAGCACCAAUCGGGUCAAAGGCUGUCCUCUGCCAGGAAGCCUUGAUUAGCACAACAGGUGGUGGCAAUCAGGAUUGAUAGACAAUCUGUGACCAGACGCAUCUAGGCCUGCCAGUUUCUGUAGUUGUCUUGUGUUAGUUAACCUCUUUAUUUUAGGCUUGCCUCUUUGUAGUUUUCUACAAAGAGAAAACUUGAACGUAUAGUAAUCUGCUUGACUGGCUGACCGUGGGAGUCAUGACUGAGCUGACCCUGAACUAGCCCAGAGGUUCGGUCUGAACAUUAACAUGCAUCGCUUGCGUUAUGGUUUUUUAUUUUUUAUAAUAUUUACUUAAAAAAUAUAUAACUUAUUUUUUUACACCAAAUACAUACAAAAACAACGACUACAUCUCCUCUGCCCCGACCCGCAUGCUCACACCCCCGUCCUUAGUGCCUGCAUUAUUGUUUGCCACAUGGCCUUAAAUUGUACCAAUUAGUUUUUAGCUCUGUCGCCCAUGCUAUUUCAAUAUUCAGAUAAUAAAUCAUUAGAUUUUCCCAUUGUGUUAAUUAUGGCGGAUUAAUUGAUUUCCACGUUUUUAAAUGUUUUUUCAAGAUGAAUGAGAAGAGAAUCUUGCAGCCCAUUGGGUAUCUCACUACACCCCUAUAUGUCAUGUCUUAUGAGGACCUUAUCUUUCAGGUUUAAACAGUGUACAGUAAGUGUGUAUUUUUCAUUUGUGAAAUGAUUUUGAUAGGAUAUGAAAGCAGAGGGAUUUAUGUUUCUAGAACCAUACUGCAAUUGAGAAUCGAUUCUUGUUUAGAUGGAGUAUGUGGCUGUUUUGGCUUCCAGAGCCAAUUUGCCCUUUAAACAGAACAUGUAAGGUUCUUGGACUAAGGAGUAUCGUUAAGCUCGUUUAGUCCAAUGUUGGGCUAGCCCUGGACCUAAGGGCCUCUCUCUCCCUCCCAGCUGCCAACAUGAUGAAGGACUGCCUCCAGUUCCUCAUCGAGCCGGCCAAAAAAAUGAAGAUCCGCCUCAAGGAGUCUCGUAAGAAAGUGACAAAUGAGAAGAAAGAACCUUUAGUGGAGAGUCAGCUGUUUAUAAUGGAGCUGGCCAGGGAACUCAACAGACUGUGCCAGAGGUCAAAUGUCCUAGCCCACAUCUGGACCAAUGAAGACUCCUGGCCUCCCAGUGUGUGUAGAGAAUGCAUAGUGGAGUGGGCUGCCGUGCUGGAGAAUAGAGUACAGCCAAGGAGCAUCCAGACAGAGCUGCAGGCUGAUUGGCCAGAGAAGAGGGAGUGGAAAGGUCACCUGUUGUGUAUGCUGGAGACAGGUGGAGAGUAUGACAUGGCAUCCCACAAACGGGUCAUCAUGGACUGGACACACCAGCUCAGAAACAAACUAGAGCCCAUUAUCUGGCCCGGUGAGCCCGUAUUGAUGAUGUUGGAUGAUCUGGAGUUCCAGUGGAGGAGGGGGCGUCUGCCGAACCUUCUCCCAGCCAUGGAGCUGGUCAUGUGGGUCGUGUUGAGUGCAGACAGCCCUGACAAGGAGGACGUAACCAAGCAGUGGCUGAUCAGAAAACAGAGGAGUCAGAAGAUUGAUGCAGCCCGCUACAUUCCCCAUAAUGUAUGGAACUGGAUCUGUGAUGCUGCAGAGGAAGUGACCCUUGACCCCAAGACAGCCAACCCUGACCUCAUCCUCUCCAACGACGACAAGCGCAUGUGCUGUGGCCUGGAGCGGCGAGACAUCCCUAACUGCACGUGUCGCUUCGAUGGCUGGUGGUGCGCUCUGGGAAACGAGGGCUACACCUCUGGGCGCCAUUACUGGGAAGUUGAAGUGGGUGACCGGGACUGGCGGCUGGGAGUGGCUAAAGCCUCUGCCCAAAGGAAGGGUUAUAGUUCCCUCAACACAAAGACGGGCUACCUCACCCUGCGGCUGGAGAGGGGCUCAGACCUCAAGGCCCUGACGGUGCCUUCCACCCCGCUGGCCCAGAUGCUGGUCCCCAGGAAGGUGGGGGUCUACCUGGACUAUGAGCAAGGCCAGCUCUCCUUCUACAACGUGGAGAAGAGGUCCCACAUCUACACGUUCAACGAGACCUUCACAGAGAGACUGUUCCCUGUGUUUGGGACUGUAGAGGUGGUGAAGGGUCUGGUGAUCAGGUCAGCACAGACCAGGGAACCCUGCCUCUGCCCUGGACCCUGUCUCUGGUGCUAAGCUAAGUGCUUAGAUAACAUAUCACAGCAUCUUUAAAACUGGUCCUGGAGAGCUAGCCUAGAAUCCACACUUAAAGCUCGAUUCAAUCCGAUUAAGCGUUAACCCGCGAUAGCUGACGCCCGCAUAGCUGAUGUUUUGGCGGUGUCGGCGUUGUAACUGCAUUGGAGCUGUCAAAUCGGUGAGCAGCUGCUCAUAGUCAUUGUCAUGAAGCCACACCCGUCCCACUCACGUUAGACGUUCAGAACGAGAAAGUGAUGACUGCACAUAAGUAAUGAAGCUCAAACUGAAAAUCAUUCAAUGAAAUAAUGAGGAUUUCUAUGAGCUUAAUCAAUGUGUAGAUUACAUCACACAUUCCAGUGUUCGAACUUGUAAACAAGGCUGCAUUGGGAUGGCAAUGUUCACGAUAGGUAUGAUACUGGGAGCCGCUUGUGAAUUUGACCGUUCUAACACGGUUCCACCUCAGACAAACGUCAGAACAACAGCUAUGCCGGUGUCGGCUAGCGCAGAUCUGAUUGAAUCGAGCCCUUAAUAUUGUAAACGUAGCAAUAUUCCGUGUCAAUUCCAGGCUAGUGGAGUGCAGGCUUUUGCUCUACUCCAGCCCUAACACACCUUAUUCAAUGGUUUGAUGAUUAGUUGAUUAGUUAAAUCAGGUAUGUUCGAAUUAGGCUGGAACAAAAGCCUGCACUCCUCAGGACAAGGGUUGAAGAGCAAUCAUUAACCCCUCCCAACACUUUUUCUUUUAAAGUGCCUUCAUACCAGUUUAUACCAUCUGGAAAUGAAGUGGUAACUAUAUGUAUUGGUUGUUAAAUUGCCAUAGUAUUUCAUGGUAUAAAGACACUGUAAAAGAAAGUGCUGCCCAAAUUACCCAAAGAUCCCAUGUAGUUGAAAUGAUGUAGUUCAGUGAGCGUUUGCGCACAGAAGAAAGACAGCAUGCAGUAGUCUCAUAAUGCGUAUCAGCAUAUUUUUGGAAGUUGCGGUAUGAUAUUGACCGUGUGUAUAAUGGUGUGAACAAUGCUUUUUUUCAGUCAUCAAUAAAUGAACAACAUUUUCAAA